AGAAAAGCCGCCGACAUCUUAGUUGUGUUGGUGAGCGUGUCUCGUGCGGUUCUACGCGAGGCGUUGCUUCUGUUCAUCCCGUAAAUCGCUGGAUAAACAGAGUAGUAUUUUUGCAACGGGGAUCCUCUUCUGAGAACCGUUUUACACUAUGAGUGUCCACGAAGAAGUUUCAAGGAUCCAGAAGAAGCUGGGCAAAAUAACGUCCGGUGAAGGGGGGCAAGAUCAAGCUCUUGAAUUGCUUAAAGCAUUAAAAGAGUUAGAUGUUACCUUGGACAUCCUUACCAAAACAAGGAUUGGAAUGACUGUCAACGCAUUGAGGAAAUCAAGCUCUGAUGAAGAGGUCAUCGCUCUGUCCAAAACAUUAAUUAAGAACUGGAAAAAGUUCUUACAAGGGCCAGCAACACCGAACAGUAAAGACUCAGCGAGCAGCUCUAAAGAUAAAAAAGAUGAAAAGCCCAAGAAGGAAGAAAGCCGUGAGAAAGAGCGGGAAAAGGAUAAGGACAAAUCAAACAAACAGACUGCUUCUUUUCCUCCCACAAGUAACACCACUGAUGCGGUUCGACUUAAAUGUCGUGAACUAUUGGCAAAUGCAAUUAAAGGCAACAAUGAUGUACCAGAUGGCUGCGCGUCUCCUGAAGAACUGGCAGAAGAGCUGGAAGAAGCAAUUUUUAAGGAGUUUAAGAACACAGACAACCGGUACAAGAACCGUGUCAGAAGUAGAGUAGCAAAUUUAAAGGAUGUCAAAAACCCAGAACUUCGUCAGAAUUUUGUCAAUGGAGCCUUGUCAGCAGCUAGGCUUGCCACAAUGACAGCUGAGGAAAUGGCUAGUAGUGAGAUGAAGGAGAUUAGAAACAAAUUUAUGAAAGAAGCUAUAAAUGAUGCUCAGCUAGCAACUGUACAGGGUACUAAGACUGACUUGCUGAAAUGUGGCAAGUGUAAGAAAAGGAACUGCACCUACAACCAGAUUCAGACAAGAAGUGCUGAUGAACCUAUGACUACAUUUGUUUUGUGCAAUGAAUGUGGCCAUAGAUGGAAGUUCUGCUGAAGUGAUAGUUCAAGCUUUUAUGAGUUGUUUUUGGCAUACUUUCAUCUAAAUUUUUGUGUUUGGUGUGAUUGACACACUGUCAGUUUUAGGUUUGACUUGAUAAAACUUUAUUGUGAGUUUAGUAUGACUAUUUAGGAUAUCUCUCCCACUGUUUUUUUUCUUCAAAGGGCCGAGCUUUAACCAAUUUGGAGGCCCAGAGUUUUUUUUGUAACUGACCAAACUCAUUGGUCUUUUGCAUACUAAUCUGAGUAUGAGUCAGCACUCCAAGAGUCUGUAAUGAUGUACAUAUGCUUUUGCUUUAAUAUGAUUGUAAUACAGUACUUUUGAAACAAUGUCCUAGGAAUUAUUCAAUCACAACAGAAAGUUACGCAAUAUUGUUUUAUCAUAUAUUUGGACAUGAAUUUAUAUGUAUAAGUAUUGAAUAUCAACUUCAAAAUAGGUAGACCAUUAAUCUUUGGUUACUUGCUCUGCAUACAAUUUUCUUAGUGUCUGGUCAAAUAAUCCAAUCAAUUAAGGUAGGAAUUGAUUCUUAAAAAAAGGUCCCCUGAAAUUUUUAUUUGAAGGUUCCUGUAUGUGUGAGAACAGGGGGGGCUCAAUUUGUCCUUAACCUUCAUCUUUUGUCCCUUUCUUCUCUCAUUUUCCAAAUGAGGUUUUGGUUCUUUUGAACCUUCCCAAUUAAUUUGUGAUAAGUAUUGAAGUGGCCCCUAUAGGGGUGAGUAGGUUUUCAAAAGCCCAACAUUUGGGAGUUUUUUCUUUUUUCUUUUUUUUCUUUUUUUGCAACUUAAUGAUAUCUUGGAAGAAGGUAAAUGGAAAUAUGUGUUGUUAACUUUGUCCACAGGUAGAGCUAGCUAUUUUUUUCUCAAACAAUCCUUUGUCAACUAAUGUAAUAAUGAACCUUGGCACUUGUUUAGCUUUCUGUGCUUGUAUUAUUUUUGUUGUGAAAAAUAUCUGAAACCUAUCUAUGUAUGUAUCUGUAUUUGCAUAGUGUAAUACCACAGAUUGUGAGUUGCUCUCAAUGUACAUUGUCUCCAUCAUAUGGAUGCAUUUCUUGCAAUACAUAAACAUUAAAUGCAA